UCUUGGGGAUUUAUUUGCAGUUUAAUUCGCUGGAUCAAUCAAGGUCAAUUAAAUCGCUUUGUCAAUUAAUUAAUUAAAUAAUGUCGCGAAGUCGCUGAAUUAAUUCGCGGACUCGCAGUCUGAUUGGUCAAUUAUUGUGGCGGUUCAGCGGAUUUAUUAUGAUUAGUCAGUCUUUGAAAUUAGACCGCGAACCGCGCAUCAUUUCAGCGAAACCGCGAAAUUAAUCUAUCAAUUAGAGCGAGAACUAAAUUAAUUGGUGAAAUAAAAGUUUAAGUCCCCGACAACACUCUUGUCCGCGUGGGCGAAACCGCGAAUUAAACCGUGAAUAAAAUUGAAAAGUGGUUUAUUGUUGUUUUUGUUUUACUUCUUGUAAGUAUGUAUAUGUAAGUAUAUUUGAUUAGGUAUUAGUUUUACAACUUUCGUCAUCAUUCUACCACAAAGAAAGGUUCGGCGAUUUUGAACAAGGGAAACACAAAUGUUCUUGGUACCCAAACAAUAAAUUUGACCAUUCAAAAAUUCGAUGAACCAGGCGAAGAUGUUGCUUUACUUGUCCACAAACUUUUGUUUUUACUAACUUUGACGUUGACAGACAUUAAAUAGCACUUACCUAUGCUUGUAAAGAAACUUUCGUUUAAAGAUGGAAAGAUAUAUUGAUACCAUAAGUAGUAAAUAAAAUAAAUACAUAAGUAGUAGAUGGUAAUGGUAUACGAGUAUAAUGUUCCUGUUGAAAAUGAACAAGAACAAGCAAUAAGAUACGUUAGCUACGAGACCACCCACCAAAAAUGAAAACCAUGCACUCUCCUGAAAUGUUUUUCAGUUUCAAAUACUGCGCUCUGGAAACGGUUAUUCAAAUUAAAUGGUAUUAAUGAAAUUUCAAAUCAAUCUCUCCCUUUCAUUGCGUCAGUGUUUUUAAUUAUGCCGGCGAAUCUUUACUGCGCCGUCUCUUUAAUCCUCCCGGAGAUAAUUCAAUCCUAUUUUUCCACGAGAUCUCUAGUUUUGUUUGUCAUAGACGAGUUUUAUAAAUAGCGAACGUUGUAACAGAAAUACGAUGAAUUUAGUACACGCGGCAGUUUAUCACCAAUAAUUAUGAAAUGCGGCAACAUAAUUAAGUAUUUUUUAUUUGGCCAUUUAUUUAUAAAUUCGGUGACAUAUUCUUGUAUUACUGACACCAGAAGUGAAUCCUUGAAAAUAUCCAGUGAUCAUAGUUGGUAUUUACCGACCAUAUUCAAUAAAACAAAUACACAGGGAUGCGGCUGUGAUACAAACGAAGUAGUGUGUAUAAGAAAAUGCUGUGAUGUAAAUUAUGUAGAAAUAAAUAAAACAUGCUCGUUUAAUAGCACCCUAACGAUGGAUUUGCCGAUUUUCGAACACCAAAAUGUAAAGCUCGAAGGUGAGGAUUUGCCCAGAAUACAUUUCAUUUCCGGUAUUAAUCAGUGUAUCAUGGACGAUGAUAUGUUUUACGAAGCCCUUCGUGAUGAAUUUUAUAUACAAGACGAUGGACGAAUAUGGUUACCGGCAAUGAAUACAUAUUUUGGCCAAGAACACUAUUGCUUGGAUUAUAAUAAUGAAAACAUUGUUGCAACAAUUUGCAUUUUGGAUUUUGAUAUCCAAGGUUUACUUAUCUCGGAACGCUUAACUGUUGUAGGGAUGAUCAUAUCUUUACCGUUUCUAUUUAUAACAUUCGUUGUAUACGCAUUGUUGCCUGUGAGAAAUCAACAUGGACGAUGUUUGAUGUGCUAUGUUUUCGCCCUUUUUCAAACCCAACUUUUAAAUGUGAUAACGACUUUACAUCCUCAUCCAGACAACUACAGUGCUUACGUAUGUAGAACGAUUGGUGAGUAUGCCAUAAAAUAUGGACUAGAAAAUUGUUCUUAUAGAGUUGGAUCAAGUCUAUCAAAUGUGUUAAUUUUAACAUUUUCAGCUAUGCUUUGCCUAUUCUUCACACUCGCCUCUGCUUUAUGGGCAAAUGUAAUGUCGAUCGACAUUUAUUUAACAUUUAGUGGUUCUCGUGGGUUCCAGGGAAGUAAACGGAGAACUGAAAAGAGACGUUUUACGGUGUACAGUAUUUACGCCUGGGGUGUGCCGAUGUUAUUUGUAAUCUUGGUAAUGGUUCUUAGCUCGUUGGUAAAACCUAACAAGUGGUACAAUCCUGGUAUUGCUGAUCAGGAAUGCUGGUUGAACGAUGGAAUACCUUCGUUGCUGUAUCUCUAUCUACCAAUAUCUACAAUAGCUAUUGCCAAUAUAUCACUAUUUACUAUAACAUCAAGCAAAAUACGAAAAUCACAAAAAGAGACCGCGGUACUUAGGAAGGGAAUUAAUUCACGAAGUGAUGACAACAAAAUAAGAUUUUCGGUAUAUUUGAAGCUGUUCGCAGUGAUGGGUAUUAACUGGACGAUGGACAUAAUCGCAUGGGCGGUAGAUUGGCAAGUGGAUCGCAUACCGCAUGCCAUUUGGUACGUUACUGAAUUCUGUAAUGCGGCAUUCGGCUUGGUUAUCUUUUUAAUAUUUGUUUGCAAAAAGAACAUUUGGAAUCUGCUGAAAAGGAGGUAUUACAUGAUUAUGGGGCUGCCUAACACAACAAUUCCAACAUUAGAAAUUAUGUUACCCAACGGAUGCGAACCAAAGAGCUGACAUACAUAUGUUUAGUCCAUCAAUGAACUUUAUUGGUUAGUCGUUUGAGUUAGUGAAUUGAAAAGUAUUAUUGUUUUGGUCAAAAUGUGAAACGAUAUGGUCUGUGAUAUUUGAAAAGAAAAUGUGCGUUGAUAAAGAGAGUACCCACAUAUAUCUUCCCGUUGUCAUGAUGCAGCUACAUUCACCAGGAAGCAAACUACAUUGCGUAUUUCAUUGAAGUCAUUCAAUAGUCUUGCAGAGACUAUACCUAUAUUUGAAUGCGAUUUAAACACAAUUCGCAUUAACAGCUCAUCAACCAUGAAUAUUCCGUUAGAAUAAUUUUUCUUCAUCAGGUUUCCAUCUUUUGGGAGAUUUGAACUGUAACUGGUGUUCGCAAGUACUUUUAUUGUUAUACCUACAUUGUUGCAUGCAGCUGCAAUAUUUUAAUGAUUAUAGGUUUAAGUAGAUAAAUUUCUAAUAAGUAAUAUUUACCUAUGUUCAAUAUUAAAUUUAAAUGUAGGUAUCAAUUACGACAACUAAAGGAUUGUAAUGCUAAAUAACUAAGUAAGCUCCAACGUGUAAUAAUCUAAACAUACGAGUAAACAAAAUUAUUCAAUCA